CUGAACGAGCGCGUGUGGAUGUUGGCUAAAGCGACUGGCUGCGCGAAAUUGUAUUGUUAUGCUGGCUCGUGAGGUGCUGUACUAAUUGACGAUGCUGACGACGUUAUUCUGCUAUGCUCGCUUGUGAGGCACUGUAGUAUUUAGUGGUGUUGCGGACAUUUGUGCGUGGCUGUUGGGUGCCGUAACGGCCAUAGUCUACUGUGCGCACAAUGGAAGACGGCGACUGGGAGCUAUCCAAGGAAAACAUACAGCCGUUGAAACAGGGCCGUGUCAUGUCGUCGCUUCAGGCAGCGCUCGCCCCGCAAUGCCAGGAAGACCUCAAGCAGAAACAGCGGGAGUUCGAAGAAGAGCUUCGCACCUCGUCCGGUGUCGCCCUUUUGGACGUAUACCACCGGUAUGUGUUGUGGCUGGAGCAGCACCACGUUACGACUAGUGUCAACAUGCCCCAGCUGCUUGAGCAGGCCAUUGUGCAGUUCAAGACAAACACUGAACUGUUCAACGACGUACGCUACGUCGGCAUUUGGAUACGCUAUGCUAUGAUGUCACCAGAGCCCCUCGCAACGUUCAAAGCCAUGUUUGAGACUGGUAUUGGCGAUCAGCAUGCUGAAUUCUACGCCACUUGGGCACAGCAGCUCGAAGCAUCUGGCGAUAGUUGUGGUGCAUCACGCGUUCUCCAGGGAGGCAUCCGUCGGCGAGCUGCGCCCACCAGCCGGCUCGAAGCGGCUCUGAGGCACCUGGAGGCACGUGUCAGUCGCCAGGUCGCUCUCGACGUGCAGCAGCAGUGCCAGGAAGCGGCGUUAGUUGGUGGCCCAAGACGGGAUGCGCGAUCUGUUCUGGCUCCACUGCGUCCACAGAAGCAGGGCACCGCCCCUGUGACGCGGUCGGCACCUGUCACCAGGCCAGCCGAGCAGCAGCAGCGUGGCCUGGCAAUAGUGACAGCCGGCUCAGCGGCAGGCAACCGAGGCCACACGAAGGUACGCGUGCAGGCCGACGAGAACGCUCUACAAGAUGGCGAUGCCCUGCUCAUUCAACCCGUGGCUGCACCACCCUUUGUGGCCGCCGCCCAGCUGACCAAGGAGAAUAGCCGUACAGCUGGAAAGUGGUCUGGAGUUACGGCGAAGCAGCGGCUUCCGUCAGCGUCUCCGCGGCCGGGGUUCGAGGUUCUGGAAGAAGAAGACAGCCAGCCUCCUUCUUGCACGCCUACCCUGGUCCCUGGCAGUCGGCAAGUUCUCAGCGAGCGCAAGAAGUCUGCAGAAGCGUACGAUGGUUUCAGCUGGGACCGGUGGGUGGUCCCGCUUUGUCGUCCCGACCCUGAAGGUCUGCCGGUGCGGCCAAUGUAUGACAAGGCGAGUGUGUACAGGGGCACCACAGAGUUCCAGUUCGAGGAGAUCCGCAUGGCCCAUAUUCGGGCACAGCAACGGCAGAUGGACUUGGAACAGCAACUGGAGGCAGAGCGAAAUCGACGCGCGCAGCUGGAGUUAGAGAGUCUGCAGAGAGAGCAGCGCGAACGGGAAGAGGUGAAGGCGCUUAAGCGGGAGGUGCUGCAAAUGCGUAAGGAGCUGCAGCUGUUGCACCGCCAGCUGGCCAAGAACAGGAGUGGCAGUAGGGACCACGCUGUGGUGACUAGCCAGAUUGUGCGUUUGGAACAGAGUAUCCUGGCUGCUGAGCAGUCCAUCCUUGUCCAGCCUGUAUCAAACAGCAGCAUAGAGGAGGGAGCCUGUGGACAACCUGACGAAGUGGACAUGCCGCCUGACACACCGAGUGCUCACCAGGCGAGCGGGGCUGCAAGUGCCGAAAGCACCCAGAGUGGUGGAAGCUUGCGCACAGUUGAUGUGUCCAAAGUUGUACGCAGCCUCUGGAACUGCACUUUGGGCCAGUCACACCUGAGCCAGCAAGAUUGCACGCUGCAGGCUCCUUCAAAACACACGGUAUUAGAUGAAGUGCGAACUGAGUCUGCCAUUGAAGACUCUGCUGUCGUGGUGGGUGUUCCAGCAGCACCUUUUGAGGUGUUCUCUGAGCCCACCGAGACAGGAGUGCUUGCCUGUGGUGCACCUCUGCCACCAAACGAUGAUGCUCCUGAAGAGGGUGACAACGAUGAGAACCGGCUGCCAGCAGAUUGUAGCCCGCCAGAGGUUUCUGUGAAGAUGAAGUCACUUCAGCACAGGGUGCCCUUCGCCGAACUGCCCAUGGAUGAGGAUGAAGCUUCAGAGGAUGAGGAAGAUGACAUUGGAGUUGGACCCAUUGAUGAUGAUAACUUCACCUAUGCACCAUCCAAAAGUUUCGUCCUCAAGGUGACCUCGACACCCUGCGCAACUGACCGCACAGUGCCCAAGGUGGGUGAGGACUUCACGGUGGGUGGUUUGACUGCCCUUGUCCAGGAUGUUGCCAUCAGCGAUCCGUCAGCCUUUUCUGCUGCACAGAUACCCCCCGUAGAGCCGCUUGCCGAGCCACCUCAACAAGUUGAGCAGCAGCAGCCCAGCCAUCCUGGUGUGCCACUUCCUCCUGGUACAGACACUGCUGCACCUCUUGCCACUCGCCGAUUCUCCGUUGCAGCUGCUGUGGACUUGAGCACUAUCUACGAGUGCAGCAAAGAAGGCAAAUCAAGCAGCAACAGUGGAGGCAGCACCUGUUCAAGCAGCUCCUCGUCUCACCAUUUGGCGGCUGGGUCCACACUGAGUACUACAGCCCGACCCCCCACAGGUGGCACCCUGCCUGCUGUCCAGGAGGAACCCGACAACGAUGGUGGUGUCUCCUUGGUGGCAGCAGCCAUGCCAGAGCAGUCCCAGGAACAGGGCGAAGAGACGGAGCAAGCAGUAAGUGCUGUGGCCUGUGAAGACCCAUUCUCAGAGGAGAUGCGAAGCAUUAUCUUGGCAUCGUGGCAGCCGCAGAAGAGCGACCAACGAAAGCUGUUGGAGUCCCCUGCAAAGCGUCCAGUUCUCAAGGGGGAUGCGCAGAUCACUCUGGGGGACCACGAAGUGAAGGUGCUUCGCCACGUGGCAUCAGGUGCUUAUGCACGAGUGUAUCUGGCCCAGAUGGUGAAAUCUGAAGAGACCUACUUGGAUGAUGAUGAAAGCUUUGAAGCACCUUCUCAGGUGAAGGUUGUGCUGAAAGUAGACGACAACAAUGGAAAUGCCUGCUGGGAGUCCUACAUAUGCUGCGAACUGCACCGGCGCCUCAGCGAAACCUCUGGAGCAUUUACAAAGUGUGUGGUAGACCUGCAGCUGGCCUGCUUCUUUAGCAAUGGUGCCAUCUCGGUGUUCCCCUACAGCCCCCAUGGCACUCUAUUGGAUCUGGUGACCCAGUUCGAAAAGCAUUGUCGCAGCUCCGUACCCGAGUGCUUGGUGCUCUACUUUGCCCUCGAGUUCAUCACCAUCCUGCAACAAGUGCACUUGUGUGGCAUCAUCCACGCAGACAUAAAGCCUGACAACGUCCUCAUCAUAGACCUUCCGAGCAAGGCAGGCUUCCUGGACAGCUUUUCCGAGCAGGGCCCCAGCUGCCUGCAGUUGAUUGACUUUGGGCGUGCGAUCGACAUGAGCCAGUUGCCGCCUGGCACGGCAUUCUCCUAUGUGGUCACCACAGAAGGGUUCGUCUGCACCGAGAUGCGCGACAAUCGCCAGUGGACAUUUCAGACUGACUGGUUCGGCCUGUUGGGUUGCCUGCACGUGCUCCUCUUUGGGCACUACAUGGAAAUCGAGAAGAGGUCCGACGGCACCUGGGGUAUCCGAAACAAGUUCAAGAGGUACUGGCAGCAGGAUCUGUGGAACAGACUCUUUUCGACCCUCCUGAACAUUCCCAGCUGCUCGGAGCUGCCCGACCUGAUGCCUUUUGUGCUGGAGAUCCAGAGCCUGCUGCGCAACAAGUCACGUGCUCACAGUGUCGUCGUGGAAGCCCUGCGUGCCAAGAACUUUUAAUUUUUUUUUACUCUUAAUUUUUAAUUGGCUCUACAUAUUUUAGAACAACCUCACCCCAAAGAGACUCUUCAAGUUGCGAAGAGUUGUAGUGGCUGUAAUGUGUGGUAUUUUUAAGUGUAAAAGAAAAGUUUUUUUUAAAUACAAGAUUUUAA